GCAAACUUCCGGUUUAGUCAUCGUCACUUGGUGCCACAACUCCUUCCAAGUAAGCAGUUGGCUUAGCUUCAUGUAUUUUCUAAUUCUUCAUUAAUUUAUAAUUUUUUACCUGAAAGAAACGUUUAAAAGCCAUGUCUGGAAUUUUCUCAAAGAAACCGACAGUUCAACAACAAAUUCGUCGGAAUGAACAGAUAACAAGAAAGACCCAGAGAGAUCUGGCCCGUGAUCGUACAGCACUGGAGCGCCAAGAGAAGCAAUUGGAAGCUGAUAUAAAGAAAGCUGCAAAAGAAGGUAACAAGCAAGCUGCAGGUAUUCUUGCAAAGCAGUUGAUAGCGCUACGUAAACAAAAGAACAAAAAUAUUACAGUUGGUUCAAGAGUCCAAGCUAUUGGAAGUCAACAGAAAAUGAUGCAUUCCAGUGUCAAAAUGGCUGAUGCUAUGGGUACUACAACAAAGACCAUGACUCAGAUGAACAAAGUUAUGGAUCCAAAGAAGACAAUGAAAAUGAUGCAAGAUUUUCAGCGAGAGUCCACAAAGAUGGAAAUGUCUGAAGAAAUGAUCAAUGACACUCUUGAUGACAUCUUCACAGAAUCAGGAGAUGAAGAAGGUGAAGAUGCUAUUGUUAACCAAGUUCUGGAUGAGAUUGGAAUUGAAAUUUCUGGAAAAAUGGGUGAAGCUCCAUUGCCAGGUAAAAGUUCAUUAGGUCAAGCAUCAAAAUCAAAAGUUACCGAUGAUGAAAUUGAACAGCAGCUGGCUGCACUGAAGAACUUGUGAGCUUUGAACAAAAGCAGAAUACCCUUUUAAUGCUGAUUCUAGUUCACUAAAAUCUUUCUUUAUAUUCUUUGUACAUACUAUUAUAAUACUUUAUAAUUAUUUUAAUAUGUAAUUAUCUAAUGAUUUUUUUUUUUACUGAAAUUGAAUAAAUAAAACAAGGCAUUGAAUUGA